CUCAUCCAAAUCUUCUCUAUCAUAUCUCAUUCUCUCUCAAGGUUAUUCUCUCAUUCUUCUUCCUCCUAAUCCUCUGUCUAAGGGUUUGUCUUCGAAAGUAGAUCGGCAUUUGCGAGAGGAUAGGAGCCAGCGAGUUCUUUGGGUGUCGGUUCUUGUCAUCUAUUGUUCAAAUUGUCUUUAAGAGGAUGUAGUAGGGGGUAUAAUUUUGCGGAUUGAACUAUGGCACGCAUAAAGAAAUAAAACCUUAUCUCCAAAAAGGCUCCCGAGGCAAUGGCCCCGGCUGCAUCCUCCACCCCAACAACUGUGGGUGGGUCCAUGUGCCAACGUGCUAGGAAACUAAGGCCCAACUCCUCGGGUAAUAUAAUUGAAUGCUCUACCAAUUUUGAAAGAUUCAAACAGCAUAUUCUCACUGUCAACGAAGAAGAGGAUAUACUAAGAAAAAUAAGGAAUGUUAUGAUAACAGAACCUGGGGUUGUUUAUGUUAAAGCAACCAGUGAGACCUUAUCAUGCGCCACAAUCUGCCUUCCUGUGCAAAAUUACGAACCCACAAUAUACAAGGGUCUGUUUGACAUUGUUUCAAUGGUCGGUUCAUUUGUUCAAUUUAAAUAUGGGAUUCUAAGAGGCAAAAAGGGAAGGAUGAGUACAACCUUACUUUAUCCUAACGGAAAUCUAUUCAGUGAUAGAGUAGAAGGUCCCAUGAUUGCUGCAACUCCUGUACAGGAUAUUUUAAAAAAAAUAAUGAAAGUUGCGACAAUAGAGCCUGGGGUUGUUUUCGUGAAUGCAACUAGUGGGACCUUGUCACUCACCACAAUAUGCCAUCAUGCACAACAUGGCGAACACACAAUAUACGAGGUCAGUUUGAAAUUGUUUCAAUGGUCGGUACAUUUGUUCCAUUUAAAGAUGGGAUUCUAAGUGGCAAAAACGUAAGGAUGAGUACAACCUUUGUCCCGGUGGAAAUAUAUUCAGUGGUAGAGUAGAAGGUCCCAUGAUUGUUGCAACUCCUAUACAGGUUAGUUCGUUUUUUGAAAUCAAAUACCUAUUUUUUAUUGUUUAUAUUAUACUAAAAGAUCAUUUUUACAUUUAAAAGCAUCAAAUCAAUAUCAAUUUAUAUCUCAUCAUAAAACUACUUCAAUCCAAUUUUUUUUAUCAUUCAAAACUCAAACUCAAAAUUCAAGCCCCAACGAAACUAAAAUGGCCAUAUUCAGCAAAUGAUGUUGUGAAUUUCUAUUUAGUGACUAAAGUUUCUACGUAAAUAUUAUCUAUACAUCAAAAAAAAACUAGAAGAGUUCUUUUUCCAUUA